AUGGAGGCCUGCAGUGUUGCGCCCACGCUUGCUGGGGUGCUGAAACAUCAGCCUAUUCCAUGCCUCGACGCCGAAACUGGCGAUACGCUCUUUCACGCCGAGGUGCCAGACAUUUGUCGCUACCGCGGUUUGCGUCUGCUCAAAGCCCUGAGGGGACAUUUGUCAGUGCAGUGGAAUACAUCGCUGGUCAGUCUUCAGCCCAGCAAGGAUAGUAAAGAGGUACACCUCAUCUUUGAGCCUGGCCAUCUCUGUCACAAGGUUGACAUUGUCGUUGGUGCCGACGGAGCCGAUUCCAUGGUUCGUCGGUUUCUUGUCGAGAAGUUUCAGCACGUAGACCCCGAGCCAGUUCUUACUCCAUACGUUGAGGAGAUUGCCCUGAUGAUACGGACCAAGAGCAAGGACGGCACCGACUUGGUCCAAAAGCGUCACCCAAUUCAGACCAUGGCGUCGGACAAGGAAGGACUGACAACCAUUGCCGUACACCAGUGGCAAGUUGAGCCGGAGGAGAGGGCACACGAGCUGAUCCAGUUGAGUCGAAUCUCGGUGCCGCCAGGCGAUGACGGGAUGGGAGACUUGGACCUUACUGGGAACGAGGCUCGCCGGUACAUGGCACAGUCGAUCUGCAAAACAGCUCUGCAGGACUUGGAGCCUUGGAAGACAUACAUUGAGGCGCUGCGUGAACCGCAUGCUCAGGGGCGCUUCACCGUCAGGAGUGUGCGGGGCUGGAUCCCCGUCGACUUUGACAACCUCGGCGGGCUGGCCACUCUAGCAGGUGAUGCAGCGCAUCUCAUGCUUCCCUUCGGCGGACGCGGCUUGCUCAAUUCUACGGUAGACGCCAAUGCUCUGUGCUGGGCCAUCACAACGGUGCCACGACCAGGCGCCACGCCCACUGCUAGACGGCUAGCCAAGCAGGAAGAGAGUCUGGACGACUAUGGCGAAGGCAUGCGGCAGCGAGCUGGCGUUCAGGUCCGCAAGACGUUGCAAGAGGCGGAGAAGUCGAUCAACCUAGCAGCGGUUCGAGCAGUCCUGAGAGAGGAUUCCAACAGGACUCCUGAUGUAAGCGGUAUCCAUAGCAGUAUGAUGCAGAGCGUAGCGAAUGUCAUUGAUAGGAGUGUGCAUGAUGUUCAGGGUGAGUGUAAGGAGGAGUUCCUGGCGAUGAGGUGA